AUGUCUAAACUGCCGGAAAGAUGGCGCACAUCCAGACCAAGCGACUACCAGAAGCAGCCCACCAUCUUCCAGAACAAAAAGGGAGUGCUGUUGGGUGAAACUGGCAAAGAAAAGCUCCCACGUUAUUACAAGAACAUCGGUCUGGGCUUCAAGACGCCCGAGGAGGCCAUCGAGGGCACCUAUAUUGGUAAGAAAUGUCCUUUCACUGGUAACGUCUCCAUCCGAGGACGAAUUCUGUCUGGUGUGUACAGUCGCUUCGAGAAGCAUCACAAGAACGUGUCCGUGCACCCGUCUCCCUGCUUCAGAGAUGUCCAGAUCGGCAACAUUGUCACCGUGGGCGAGUGCCGGCCACUGAGCAAGACUGUGCGCUUCAACGUGCUCAAGGUCACCAAGGCCGUGGGCACCAAGAAGCAGUUCCAGAAGUUCUGA